GAGAGGGAUGCCGGGAGGCGCUGCCAAUGUUAACAGCUCAGUCUGGUGAAGGCGCGCAGAGGAGCUCUGUGGCUGUCCGUUCCCUGCAGGCUUUCAUGUCAGGGGCCACACUGCGUAUGCGGUGCUUGCAGGGAGGAGGAUGAUGACCAUGAACGGCAAACAGCAUUUCUCCAUGCACCCGGCACUGCACGAGCCCAAGUAUCCCGGCCUGCACUCAGGCUCGGAGGGCAUGCGCAGAGUCUGUCUGCCCGCCCCGCAGCUGCAGGGCAAUAUAUUCGGAGGCUUUGAUGAGAGCCUGCUGGCACGGGCAGAGGCUCUGGCGGCUGCUGACAGCAUUGUCUCUCACGGCAAGAGUCACCCGUUCAAACCAGACGUGACUUACCAUACCAUGAGCAGUGUCCCCUGCACCUCAGCCUCCUCUUCUUCCUCCACCACCGUGCCCAUCUCCCACGUCCCCUCCACCAUCGCCUCCCACCACCAUCACCACCACCACCUCGGACAGACCCUGGAGGCUGGGGACCUCCUGGACCACCUCUCCACCAGUCUGGCCGUGACCGGGAUGGGCGCUCCGGAACCUCCUGGGAUGACCACGCCGGCGCAUCACCACCAACACCCUCACCACCACCUGCAGACCAUGGGGCAGCUCCACCAAGCGAUGGCCAACAUGGCCCACCCUCACUCCCUGUCGGUCCACGGCGGCAUGGCGUGCGUCAACGACGUGGAGUCUGAUCCCAGGGAGUUGGAAGCCUUCGCUGAGCGGUUCAAGCAGAGGAGGAUCAAACUCGGGGUGACCCAGGCGGACGUCGGGUCGGCUCUGGCCAACCUCAAGAUCCCCGGAGUGGGGUCCCUGAGCCAGAGCACCAUCUGCAGGUUCGAGUCCCUCACCUUGUCCCACAACAACAUGAUAGCGCUCAAGCCUGUUCUCCAGGCCUGGCUGGAGGAAGCCGAGGCUGCGUACCGGGAGAAAAGCAGCAAGCCGGACCUUUUCAACGGGAACGAGAGGAAAAGAAAGCGCACUUCUAUCGCCGCACCGGAGAAGCGCUCUUUGGAGGCUUACUUUGCCAUCCAGCCUCGGCCCUCUUCGGAAAAAAUUGCUGCCAUCGCUGAGAAACUGGACCUGAAAAAGAAUGUGGUUCGAGUGUGGUUUUGCAACCAGCGGCAAAAACAGAAACGAAUGAAAUACUCUGCGGUGCACUGAGUUUCACACACAUCAUGAAUAAAAUAGCCUACUACAUUUUUGAUCGAGUGAUUAAUAAUAGCCUAACUAACUUAACUAACAGGGAUUUAUUAACUGCUCUCGUCACGUCUCAUCUGGGAUUAUUUCCAAAAAAAAGACUUUAUCACUCUUUGUUGUUGCACUUUUUUUUCGAUUUUGUUAUGGGACCAUGACUGUGUAACUGGUCUGUAAGGAGGUUGUUUUUUGAUGUUGUCCAUCAUCUGUCUUGCCUACACACACACACACACACACACGCAGACACACACUAUGAAUUUUCAGUCAAGUUGAGUCAGUUUUAUUUAUAAUCUCUGAAAAUCACAUCAUUACAGACUGUGUCCUUUUUAACUCCAUACUGACAGUUUAUUUGGCACAUUCAGGGAUAUUUGUUGACCUGUCUAAAACCAUGGAAUAUAGUUUAUAGGAGACAUUUACAGACUGUUUCAUUAUCGGAUGUGUUAAAGAGAUGGUUUAUGAAGAUUUGUAAAAAUGAUUAUUGUUUCUUUUGGUGGUUCUCAGUUUUACAGGUAGAAGUUUAUCUGUUUUCACCGGCGCACAUGUGCAGCGGUUCACCAUCAUAUUGAACUGUGUUUUCCUAUUUUCCAUAAAUGUGGAUGUAUUGAAUGACUGAAUGAACGCAGGGCAUCAACAUUCACACACCUUUUUCAAACCCGACACCACUGGGGGACGAGUCUGCAUCUACUUUCUUGUGAACUGUCUGAUUUUAAUUUACGCACAAAAGUAACCAAGUAGGCUACUGUACUUUUCACAAGGUAUGACGCACUGAGUCUGUUUAUCUUUAAUGAUUUAGACAUGGAAAUGGCACCGAUAUCUAUGAGGCACAUCAGUGUGGCUUUGGCUGCUGCUAUAUUUUAGACAUUAUUAAGUAUUUUGAUGUGAACGUGUUUUGGAGCUAUAUAGCCCGGAUAUAUACAGUACAGUAAGUCUACAUCACUUAACUGAAGUAUUUAUUUAUUUUUCUUCACUCUUGUUUUACUUGAAAAAAAUGUGUGAAUUUUAAACUUAAUAAAUUAUUGGUUAUUUUCUACAAAAAUAAAAUAAAAUCAAGCAGCGACUUUAUUUGCAUAUUUAUAUAUGAAUGUUAAGGUAUUUUAUGGCAACAUAAAUCGAUUUAUUUAUACCUUUUCAAAUGCAAAAGAACGGGUAUUUUAGGAAAUUGACUGUCUGGAAAUUAUUUUUGAGGUUUUUACGCAAAUGCGCCAAUGUGCGUAAAAAUCUUCGGAAACUGUUUUCCAGUCUUUACGCAAGUGUUUUAUUUAUAAAUCCCCAAAUCUCUGCUGGGAUUAAAUAUGCAUUGUCGUAUAUGAUACAAGCGCCACAGUAAAUAAAGGCCCGCGUUGUUUUCACGGGAUUUUUUCACACCGCGGGACACAAAUA